CAGCAGAAGCAGCACAAGCAGCAGCCUUUGCAAGGCACACAAAAGGGAGCCAGGCUGCUGCUGCUGCAGCUGCUGCUUUUCUCCUCCUCCUCCUUCUUUCUCUUCCCCCCCUCCUCCUCCCUUCUCCUUGUCCUGGCCGACAGCAAAGGAGGAGAGCCAGGUUGCCCCUCUGCUCCUUUAGAGGAGGAAGAGGAGGAGGAGGAGGCAAAGGAGGAGGAAGGCAGAGAAGGAACCCCCCCCCCAAAUCUCCAUCUCCAUCCCAGCAUUGCUCUGGCCAGUUCUUGCUUAGCAAUGAUUGUCGUAUAAGUCACCAGCCAUGGCAAGCAGGAAAUGUCCAACCACUGCAGCAGGGCUGCUGGAUCACCAGGCAAGAGCUUGUCCUGCUUCAUCUCAUGGAAAGGAACCUGAAAGUGAGGAAAGUAACUUGUCAGUGGAAGACUAUGCAGAGAAGGAGCCGGACGAGAUGCCCGUGAGACCGGAAAGUCCUACUCCAGCGGAACAUGAGCAAAACGAUAACAGCGGGGACGGCGACUCGAGUUCCGAUUACGUCAACAAUACCUCCGAAGAGGAGGAGGAUUACGACGAAGGUCUCCCGGAGGAAGAGGAAGGGAUAACCUACUACAUCCGCUACUGCCCUGAGGAUGACAGUUACCUGGAAGGAAUGGACUGCAAUGGGGAGGAGUACAUCCCCCAGGAACAGCAUCAAGUGGAGACGGAUGAGUGUCAAGAGGCGGUCGAGGAAGGGGAAUGGGCAGAAACUAAAAUUGGACAGCACCAGAUUGGACACGAAGUGACAGAAGCCGCUGGCUACCAUGAUGGCUGUGUCCAGAUUUUGGAAGGAGAAGUCGCGUGUCUGGAGAUCCAAGACCAAGAGGAACAUGUCCCAUAUUGCCAUCCUGGUGAAGAAGGCUACCAGGGCUAUUACUCGCCCGAAGCCAAUGGGAAUUCCCAUGGGAUGUCUCCUUACCACUCCGGGAAAGAGGUUGAGCUGGAAGACCAAGAGGAAGACAUCGACCAGAUUGUAGCUGAGAUUAAAAUGAGCAUGAGCAUGAGCAGCAUCAACAGCGCCUCAGAAAUGAGUCCGGAGCAUUCUGGGACUGAAAACGUACCCAAUGACUAUGCAGAGACUUGUCACAAGGGAGACUCUGGGCAUGGCGCCAACCGGCACCUGGGGAGGCCAAAGUCGUUGAACAUCCCUCCUGCGUCGAAGCAAGUUGGAGAGGUACCAAGGGGCUUCAAAACCAAGUCACGAACCCCGGAGGAAAGACAGACAUGGUCUCAAGAACAGGUGUGUAAUGGGUUGGAACAGCCCAGGAAACAGCAGCGUUCAGAUCUCAACGGACCCAUUGACAACAACAAUAUGCCAGAGACAAAGAAGGUCUCUUCCUUCCCAAGUUUUGUUGACGUUCCAGGUCCUUGUGAACCCGAAGACCUCAUUGAUGGCAUCAUCUUCGCGGCCAAUUACUUGGGCUCCACGCAGUUGCUCUCGGAGCGCAAUCCCUCCAAAAACAUCCGAAUGAUGCAAGCCCAGGAGGCGGUGAGCCGUGUCAAGAGGAUGCAAAAAGCAGCUAAAAUCAAGAAAAAAGCGAGCUCCGAGGGAGAUUCCCAAGCGUUGACAGAAGUGGAUCUGUUCAUCUCCACGCAGAGGAUUAAAGUUCUGAACGCAGAUACGCAGGAAACCAUGAUGGACCAUGCCCUGCGUACCAUCUCCUACAUUGCUGAUAUUGGGAAUAUUGUCGUCUUGAUGGCAAGGCGCCGAAUGCCCCGGUCAGCAUCCCAGGACUGUAUUGAAACAACUCCUGGGGCGCAAGAAGGAAAGAAGCAGUACAAGAUGAUCUGCCAUGUCUUUGAAUCGGAGGAUGCUCAACUGAUCGCUCAAUCAAUCGGUCAGGCCUUCAGCGUGGCAUACCAGGAGUUCCUCCGCGCCAACGGCAUCAACCCAGAAGAUCUGAGCCAGAAGGAGUACAGUGACAUUAUCAAUACCCAAGAGAUGUACAACGACGAUCUCAUCCAUUUCUCCAACUCGGAGAACUGCAAAGAGCUGCAAAUAGCCAAACACAAGGGGGAGAUCCUGGGAGUGGUGAUCGUGGAAUCUGGCUGGGGAUCCAUUUUGCCCACGGUGAUCCUGGCAAACAUGAUGAACGGAGGCCCUGCUGCUCGCUCCGGGAAGCUGAGCAUCGGGGACCAGAUCAUGUCCAUCAAUGGGACCAGCUUGGUUGGGCUUCCGCUGGCGACGUGUCAAGGAAUCAUCAAGGGCUUGAAGAACCAGACGCAAGUCAAGUUGAACAUUGUCAGCUGCCCUCCGGUUACCACCGUCCUCAUCAAGCGGCCGGACCUGAAAUACCAGUUGGGUUUCAGCGUACAGAACGGAAUCAUCUGCAGUCUGAUGAGAGGAGGGAUAGCAGAACGAGGUGGGGUCCGGGUGGGCCAUCGCAUCAUUGAGAUCAAUGGGCAAAGUGUUGUUGCCACCGCACAUGAAAAGAUCGUGCAAGCUUUGUCCAACUCCGUGGGAGAGAUUCAUAUGAAGACCAUGCCAGCAGCCAUGUUCCGGUUGCUAACUGGGCAGGAGACACCGCUGUACAUCUAAUGCGAAACUGCGUCUCUCAUGUCAAAAGAACUGGAACGAUUCUGCCGGAGAUUAGCACCCUUCAAGCGGAAUUUUGUAUUUCCUAAGAACGGAAAAGGUUUGGACCAAAUCUGGGCUGUUCUGGAUUCUCGGUGGAACUCAGCUUCUUUGCCUUUUCUUUCUUCCCCCACUUUUCCUAAGUUUCUCUCUUUUUUAAAGAAUUUCGUUGCCAAAAGAUGAAGCUGUUACUACAGAUGAUAACCACUGACACCAUCUUUCUAACACGCGGACGUAUUUUGCAACAUCCUCGGCGAAUCCUUUUGUUUCUUGGGGACGCUUACAAGCGUAGGGUUUGAAAUUGAACCGCAAGGGUCUCGGGUAGCCCCCCCAUCCCAUCCCAUCCCACUGCCACGUUGUCUUCUCCUUGCCCCAUUUCGGUGGCGGUGGGAUCUCUGUGGGUUCCCAUUGCUAGCGGGCGGUGCUUGCAAUACUUCUCAAAAACAGUACCACGGCACAUCCGUCUCACGAUUUAAGCACACCUGCCUCUCUUGAGCAACAUGGCAAAUGAGGAUGUGUGAAGGAAGAACUUUGCAAAAAAUAAAAAUUUGGGGGGAGGGGAGAGUUUAAUCCCUUCCCGCCAUCGGGCAUUUGGAAAUCAUGGAAGUCGGCACGUUUGGCUAUCAAAUUUGUUGGGGGGGGGGAAUAGGUCACCAAGGGCAAUGACUAAGAUUGUAUGCAAUCCUAAG